CAUAGAUGAUGUAUGAUGGAUCUCACUCUCUCACUCAUACUCAUACCACCUCCACCACUUUAUAUAUAUAUAUAUUAUAUAUACACACACACACACACACACACUCAAAAACAAGAAAUCUUGAACAUGGGAACCCUCGACCUUAAACCUGCCAUCCAAGACCUUAAGGUGGCAAUCCAAGAAACAACCCUAAUACACCCCUCCUCCCAUGGAACUCUUGAAAACAAGUCCAUCUUCUUGUCCAACAUAGACCAAGUGCUGAAUUUCCAUGUCCAAACUGUCCAUUUCUUCCCAGCCAAUCCUGAUUUCCCACCGGAAACUACGGUUGCUAGGCUAAAGAAUGCACUGGAGAAAGUGAUGGUGGCAUAUGAUUUCUUGGGCGGAAGGUUGAAAUUCAACCACCAGACGGGGCGGCUGGAGAUCGAGUGCAGCCAAUCCGGGGUGGGGUUUGUAGUGGCCACCACCGAGUAUUCUCUAGAUGAGGUUGGGGAUUUGGUAUAUCCCAAUCCAGCAUUCAUGCAGCUGAUUGUCCAGGCUUUGGAUAAGUUUGAUGAUCAGCCACUUUGUGUUCUUCAGGUAAAAAAUGCUGUGAAUUAA